AUUAAAUAGGAAAAUCUAAAUUCACACUGAUCUUUAAAAAAAACAUGGCAAACCUCGCAAAUUUUACUGCGGGAGAGCUGGCUAAUGUUGGAUCACAGUUAACCAACGAUGCAUCCAAGUAUAUCAACAAUCCAGACCUUGAAUUGAAAUGGGCUAUGAAGUCAUACCACCAUGCUGAAACAUAUUUCAAUCUUAUAAGCUCUGUGGAUCCAACAGUCCUGAAGCUAACACAGAUAGAUGAUGAGAUUUAUACAGAGUUCAGAAAAGAGUUUCCAGACUUAAAAAUUGAUGUCAUACAAGAGCAAGAUCUCAAAAGUCCAGAGGCAAAAGAGGCAAGUACCAGUGUUUGA